UUCUCGGAUUUCCAUGUGUUUUGCCGGGAAUGAUGUCCGCCGUGUCCGGCUACACUUCGGGCCGGUCCAGGAGGAGCCUGGCAGAGCUGCUCGCUAACAGGCCGAAGAAUUCUGGCAGGAAAGCUGAACCCAGCAAUAAAAGCCUGCAGGAGGCCGCCCUGUGUCUGCUGAGCUGUCGCCAGGACGUCAGUCAGUUUCUGUUAGAGGUAGAAGCUCCUCCAUGUAAGAAAGUGUGCAGCAAUGACUGCUCAGCCUCCGGUCACGUUCAGAAGUCUACCACAUUUACUGACACGUUUAUUGCAUCUGCAUUGCGAGAUCAGGCCUUGCAUUUGAACGUAGCACCAAAUCUACUGGGAGCUAAAGCAGCCGCGUUGAACAUCCAGAAGAUUUGUGAUGAUGUCAUAGAUGGGGAUAAAGGAGCUGAGCUGAGUCCGGAGCAGAGGGACAGACUGACGGCUUUUCUUCAGACACUGAAGGGACUGGUGGCCGAAAAUUGUUUUAGUUGCUCAGCGUUUUUGCAGCACAUCCUGGAACAGGAGAUCCCUCAUAUACUAGAAGUUGUAUGGCACUUACAGAAUGCGGACAUUGUCGGACUAGAGGAUGUAUUAGAGAGCUGCAAGGACCCUGACUCUGCGGUGGACUGGUUCUGCAGGGAGCUGCAGUCACUCUUCCUACGUAUGGAAGCUUCACCUGAUGUAGAGAUUUGGGAGCAGAUGAUAUCCAGUUUCGUAACUGUGCUAAUUGGAAAAGCUUUCUGUAAGUCGUCUGCGUCCGGGAAAAAGUCUGAACGUUCCCAACUUAGCAAGAUUUCCCUCCUCAUAUUGGAUGAAAUGCAUUCAUGGUUUCUCAAUGUCAUCCCUGAAGCCCCCAAUGAUGAGUGUUACAAGCCAGGAGAGGAGCAGUACUGGUUAAUUGCCUACGAUGCUUCUAGAUACAGAGCUCGUGUCAUUCCAGAAUUACUAGAAGAUUUCUUUACCCAUACAUUGAGCCAGACCCUCAUCUUCAAGCCAAAGCUGAAAGUAUCUGAUGCCAUACGGCUGCAGGGAAGCUGGAGCUUUGUUAAAACGUGCCCGCUGCUAACGGACCUGUAUCGGAAGUUGUUUGUUUUUCUCAGCUCUGAAAAGCUGACUUCCCGCAUCCAGAGGGUCUUGGAUACGCAGGAGGUUAACUGGCGGCAUGUUUUAGCUGCUUCAUGCCUGGUUGUUUGCCAGCCCGACGCCCAACUACUUGUGACAGGUCUUUUGGGCCGUCUCCUGGCACAAGCCUUUGAGACCUACGAGCUGGAGUAUUUAAUCACUGCUUUCCUCAUUGCCCGACAAGCGGCCUUGGAAGGACCUGCUGCCUUUACGUCCUACACAGAAUGGUUCAAGUGUACAUUCGGUGCUGCCAGCUCAUACCAGAGCCACCAGAAGUCUCUGCUUUUCCUUUUGAAAUUCCUCUCUGAUUUGGUCCCAUAUGAAACACCGCAAUACCUAAAGGUUCACAUCCUCCAUCCGCCAUUUGUGGCCGCAAAAUUCCGCCCGCUGUUGAUGGAGUACAUCAGUUUGGCUAAAACCCGGUUGUCAGACAUGAAGGUUUCCAUUGAAGACAUGGGCUUGUAUGAAAACCUUUCAGUGGGUUCUGGCAAAGAUCAGAAACAACCACAAGCCCAACAAGACGUAGAGAAGGCUGUGCAGAUCUUCGAGAAUACUGGGAAGAUCCCGUCCAGCGUCAUGGAGGCCAGCAUCUUUCGGAGGCCGUAUUUUACAUCUCGCUUCUUGCCCGCCCUGCUGACCCCCAGACUGCUCCCAGCCGUUCCAGACUCCUCUCAUGUCACUCAUCGAGCGCUGAGAAGAGCUGAUAAAAUCCCACCGGCCAUGAUGACCUCUUAUCUCGAUGCCUGUGAGCUGGAGAAACACCGGAGGCUGGAAGGAAAUGAGAAGAUGGACGUGUCUCUGAACGAGGAGCCCGUGGCCAGGUUACAGGCAGCACUGUGGCAGCUCAGACCCUUCGUCACAGAUCCAAAGCGAUACGAUGAGAUCUCCUCUCACAUGGCCGUGAUUUCUGCCAGACUGGCGUCCGUAAUGGAGAGCUCCAGCUUGGACGCUGUUCCCACCAUGUCCCCAGUUCUGGAGGAGCUGGAGCCGCAGGAGCUGACGGUUGCCGAUUUGCUUCUCACAUCCUUUUGCCAGUGUCAUGGCGCCUCCAGCACCAAUCCCCCUGACAGACAAGGACCCUGGCCCUCCUUGUACGUGAAGAUGCUGUGUGGUCAUCCCCGGGCCCUCCAUGCCAUGCUGAGCAGGACACUGCAGCUCUUAUGCCCAGCAGGACUCCUGAAAGAUCCCGCAUGUGUUGGACUUGCUGUUUUCUCUGUUCACCUCCACGAGUGUCGGGCAUCAUUACAAACCCCAAACCUAGAAGUGAAUGCAUUAGAAAAGUUCUGGGAGCUGGUACUGAACCCCCGUGUUUUGCACAAGGUAUCAGCAGCAGUUUCCUAUGCCUGCUGCAGGUUCCCUCUGCUCUCCCCUGGGGCUUCACUGGACUGCAUCCCCCCCUUAUUCGUGCGUAAGCUACAACAUCUCUUGCCCAGGCUGGUCCUGGAAGCCAGAGAGGAAGGGUUGAUGGAAGAGGAAAAGGAUACCCCUGCACUUUGCCGCUCAUUGCUCUUUCCUUCAUCAGGCUGGAAGGACGCGGCGGUCGCCCUCUGGCGCCAGAGUCACUUUCAGCGGCUGCUAGCAGAGGACACCUUCCAGUUAUCUUUCAGAGAUUGGCUGCUGUGGGAGAUGAACCUGGGUUUGGAUAAUGAUCCUUUAUGCGACACCGAGAGGCAAGAAUACCAACGCUGGGCUUUGAAUUCCUGCUUCAUCUCUGAAUCUUCUGCAAAGGGCGGCUGCGGAAAUGACCUGGAGAUUGCAUGUUCCAUAGUGGUUGAUGCUGUGCUAGAAUUUUGCUGCAGAAGUCCUGAUCACUUAUUUCUUGUAGAUCUGAAUCUAGCGCAGGCAGUCGUCGACUCGCCACAGGGAUUGCUUGACAUCCUUUGUCGUUUGCAGGAAUUAGUCUGUGAUUUGCUCACUGAGUCAUGUAAUCGUAGACGGAUGACUUUCAUUUUCAACGUCUUCCAUCGAAGAUUAGAAGAAACUUCGGACAGCAGAACGAGCGCCCGGCUCACAAGACAAAGAGAACUUGCCAUGUGUUCCAGGAUUCUCCUGGGACUCCCAUCUACGUUCCUGAUCAGCGCAUCCUCCAAGAUGGGCAACACCAGUCUAGACUGUGAGGACUUCUUCAAAUUUGUCAACCAGGAAUGGUUUCUGUUUCCUUCAUUGCAGGUGGAUAGCUCUGCCUCCUACACGAUGAGGCUUCAUGCCAUGGAAUAUGACGUCUCCCUCAUGUUACAGAAAAACCUUGGUCAGUGCGGGUGCGCUCUACCGUAUGACAUCACUGCUCACUUUUUUCGGGGUCUCCUGGGGGCCAGUACACAGUGUGGGGAUCCGAGAGGGGCUGUGGACGCCAUACUCUGCGCAGCUCAUUCCCAAUGUCCCAUCAUCCUGACCUCGGCUGCGCUUUGGUGGCCAAAGCUGGGUCCGGCCAUUGAUUGUCAGUGGAGCGGUCUACUCGGAGGGAACCUGCCCAAAGAGAUUGAGACCCUGAGGGAAAUUCAGAGCGACGUGGACAGAUGCCUCACACGUGACACUUCUCUGCCCCUCACUCACACCACGUGGCUCUCGGCUGCCGUCCUGCAUUUCACCAUCAGGAAAAAAAUGGGACAUGAGAGCGUUUUACAAGUACUGGGCAGGAAUGCUGUGCAGAUGUUGGAUUUUUUGCUGUUUUUCUCCGUUCUGGAUCUCAUCUCUGUGAUACUGAAGGGAGGAGAAAGACUCAAAAAAGUGCUUGACCGUUGUCUGUAUAUUAUCGAUUGUCUGGAAGAAAGAGGCGGCAGCUGGGUGACGGCCUUCCAGCCAACAAAGGAAAAGCAUAUGACGGUUCUUCACCAGGCGGCCUCUGCCGAGUUCUGUAACCUGCUCCCUCUGGCUUUCUUCAGUUUGGCUGCUCGUCUUCCACUGGAGAGGGCAGAGGUGCAGCAGGACUUUGUGUGUUUUGCCCUGGAGAUGUAUGACGGAUUUGGAAAGCUCUUUCUUGAUGGAAAUCCUCUCCUGGAUCAGAUGGACACCAAUGAGGUUUUCAGCAAUGGCCACCAGUUUCUGCUAAACUGUAUACGGAAGUGCCCACCGCCCAGUGGAGUAUUCAGAUUCCACCUUCCUCAGAUGGCGGAUUCCUGGGAGGACAAGGACCCGGAGCUCGCAGCGCUGCUGAGGAACGUUCUCCAACGAUCAUAUGAUGAAGACCUAUCUGAGGAGCCUGAUCUCUUCUAAUCCAUGAACUUUACUUGAGCUCUAAAU